AUGGCCCGCAUUGUGGUCAUUCGCGACAGAGGGGGUGAGAAUCGCAAUUCGGGCCGUUCGUUGGGCCACAGGGGUCCUUUCUACCUUACUCCCGUUGAAAAGCGGGGAACUAGCCCGAGCUUCGGCCAAGUCGCGACCUGUGUACGGAAUAUCCCCGGCAGAUACACCCUAAAGCCAAUUGGGAAUUUUCGCGCACACAGGGUAGGCCACAACUGUAACAGGCUGGGGAUCAACGAUCAACCUGCUGAAGCCAUGACCUCGAGAUCUCGUGAUCAAAUGGUCCAGAAUGAGCGCGCCCAUUUGCCAGGCCAGGAACAAAUGGCGUUCGAGUGGCUCCUGAGCUUCGGUCAUGUGCAACCUGAAAAGUUGCCACAACCGCUGCCCUCUGCCUCACCGCAAUUGUUCCCGGGAGAUCAAUGGCUUUCAGCUGGCUUUGUCAUUGUCGCAGCGCCACAUGCCUUCCUUUUGUUCUGCCGACUCGUCCCGGUCUCCGACCCGGGAUGCGAAUCGUAUUACGCAUUAGCUCUCACACAUGACCGUGGGCCUCAAGGGACAAGAAGCCAAAGGUGUCUCUAG